AUGUACUCUUCCGCUUCGUCUUCGAGAAGGCCUUCUUCGGAAUUCAAACUCCUCGAUGCUGAGAAUGGCCAAAACGACAGUCCUGCGACCACAAACCGCAGAUUCGGUCCAUCUUCUGCGUGGAAAAAGUGGGCUCUCGGUGCAUCAGUAGCCCUGUUCGUAGUGGUUUUACUCUCUAGGGAAAAUCCAGGCAUUACUGUGACCAAUUCUACUAGUCCUCUUUCUCUCAGCGAUCAAACCAAUAAUGAUCAACUUAAAAUCGAAAAGCCUAACUUCGAUCUUCCAAAUGCUGGUGUCCAGGAUCCUCUUAUCGAUGUCACCAAAGACCAGUCCAUCAAGCACGACGGCCCUUUCGCCGAAGCCGAGGCUAAGCUACCCGAUCAUCUCGACUACAUGUCUGCCGAUCAGACCUUCCCCGAUUAUAACGAGGAAGCGUCUUCAGAUUCUGACUUUCCUACGAGCUUCGAGCAAGACAGUGACCCUUCCUCUUCAGUCGCAUGUGAUUCACCACAUACAGACGCAGUAGCCAAAGGCAGGCCAAUCGUUCAGUACGUCGUCAUGAUCGAUGCUGGCUCUACGGGCUCCAGAGUUCACGCAUACAAGUUCAACAACUGCCACAGCACUCCUCAACUGGAGUACGAGACUUUCAAGACGACGGAGAAGGGUCAAGGUUUGUCUAGCUUUGCUGGGAAUCCUCUCGGUGCCGCCAAGUCUCUUGAACCUCUGCUUAACGAGGCUGUCAGGGUCAUUCCAGACGAGUUGCACUCUCUUACUCCCGUCGCUGUGAAGGCUACUGCGGGCUUGAGAAUCUUAGACACCAAAUACGGCUCUAAUGCCAGCAAGGAGAUUCUGGACGCUGUUCGUAACCACCUUGUCACCAAUUAUCCAUUCAGCGUCAGUGACAGACCGGGGGAUGUCUCAGUUAUGGAUGGCAGUGAUGAGGGUGUGUACGCUUGGAUUACAGUUAACUAUCUACUCGGGAGAAUUGGUGCAGAUGUCGACAAUAGUGAUACUCCAACUGUCGCUGUUAUGGAUCUCGGUGGUGCUUCUACUCAAAUUGUCUUCGAGCCAAUGUCUAAACAAUCCAAUGCGACUCCUUUAGCAGAUGGUGACCACAGAUAUACUCUGACUUACGGUGGCAAAGAACACAUACUCUACCAACACUCAUAUUUGGGUUACGGAUUAAUGCAAGCACGGAGAUCAGUACACAACCUCGUCGCUUAUCUCUACGAAUUUGGUAAUGUUUUAGUGCCAUCCUGGGACAAAUGGGACGAGAAUGUCAAAGUACCUAACCCAUGUAUAUCACGAGGUAGCUCUAAGGUGGUGACAUUAGACCCACCAGGCAAAGCACCAGUGAACGUAACGAUGGUUGGUUCAUCGAAUGGCUGGGAUGCAUGCAACAGAGUAGUAGAGUUGGUAAUGGCGAAGGAUGCAGUGUGUGAGGUACAGCCAUGCUCUUUCAACGGUGUCUAUCAGCCAUCAUUGAUGGAAAAUUUCGAUGGGCCUUUACUCGCAAUGUCAUACUUCUAUGAUAGAUUGUCACCACUUGGUAUAAACAGCAAGUCUGCUUCAUUUGCUAGAGGAGAUAUACAAAAAAUGGCAUCACAUUCAUGCAAAGGACAGCAGAAUUGGGAGACGUAUUGGAGCGGUAAUACUGAGGCACUGGCAGUCCUUCACGACAAACCUGACAUGUGCUUGGAUUUGACAUUCAUGAAUGGAUUGCUAGGAUUAGGGUACGAACUAGGACCACAAAGACAGAUCGGUACAGGUAAGAAAAUUGAUGGUGUUGAGCUGGGAUGGACAUUGGGUGCAUCGAUCGCAGUUCUCGACGCUUCUUCGCUUUAG